AUGCCCACCCCGCCGGGCACCGCUUCGUCGGUAGACGUCCGCCCUCACCCGUCCAAGCGCCGGGCUCUCCACGCCACCCGGCCCUUCCAGCCCGGCCAAGUCAUCCACGUCUUCCAACAGCCGCUCAUCCUGCAUCCCACCGCCGACCACCUCGACUCCGUCUGCACAUACUGCCUGCGACCGGGGAGCCCGCGCGCAUGCUCCCGCUGCCACGCCGCCUUCUACUGCAACGCCGCCUGCCAGCGCGCGGGAUGGGCGGCCAUCCACCGCAACGAGUGCAAAGCCCUCCAGCGGAGGACGGGCUCCAAGACGGGCGCCGACCUCCCAACCCCCGUCAGGAUCCUGCUGCAGGCCCUCCUGGAGCAGGGAGUAGAGAGGGGGCUGGCCGACCUGGAGGGCCACGCGGAGCGCAGGAGCAACGCGAAAGCCUGGGCGGACCUGGAGAUGAUGGCCACGGCUGCUUGCGCGUUUGCCGGCAGAGGGGGGGACACGGCGAGAGCCAUCGAGCUGCUGUGCAAGAUCCAGACGAACGCGUUUCACAGACUCGACGAGGACUUGGCUGGGCAGGUUGGCAUUUUUCUCGAACCGACGCUGGCCAUGGCCAACCACUCGUGCAUUCCCAACGCCACGGUCCUGUUCAUGGGGAGGAAAGCGGUCCUCCGCGCCGAGACGGCUAUUCAAGCUGGCCAGGAGAUUGAGAUAUCCUACACAGACUACACAAGCCCCCGCCGUGUGCGGCAAGAGGCCCUCGGGGCGUACGGCUUCGAGUGCCGCUGCCCCCGGUGCGAGCACGAUCUGAACGUGUACCAGGUCUGCUCCCAAUCCCCCGACAUCCCCCUCAACACCUACAGCGUCAUGGGGAGCAAGGCAUCAUCCGCGCUACGAGACCACCCGGGGGCGGCAAACCACGCGCUCGUCGGCAUCGCAGCCAGGCACUGCGGCGAGCUCGACGCAUCAUCAACAUCCGCAUCCGCAUCCGCCCCGGGCGCGCGGCCGGGCAGCAAGCACGCCCUCGGCGCGCAGCUCAAGGCGUGCAAAGCGCUGACCGACCACGAGCUGUGGGCCAUAUCGCCGCUGCCCCAGAUCCUGUGCGAGGUGAGCAUCUGCCUCGCGCGCGAGCACAACUACGCCUACGCCGUCGCCGUCUCGGCCUUGGCGGCAGUCGCGUGCGACCCCUACAGGCACGUCGCGCCGUUCCACGUCGUCCGGCUCAAGAACCUCCUCGCGGUCGUCAAGCUGCUGGUGCUCACGGCCGAGGAGUCGGCUGCGCUGCGGACCUCGCCGCGGGCAACGGCCUCCUCCCCGACCACCGGCGGCGGCGGCCUGGACGACGAGGCUCGCCAGGCGCUGGCGCGUAUCGACCAGGUUUCGCUGAGCCAGAUGCUGCUCGUGAUGAUUGCCAGGAUGGAGCCUGCGGGCUGCCGGGGCGAGUGGAGCCCGUGCGUGGCGGCCAGGGAGAUGCUGGAGGACAUUGGGCGGCUGGACGGCCGGGAGAAGGAGCUGUCGCUCAUCGAUGCCUGGAGGCACGACGGCGGCAGCGACGCGUCGACCAGGUUUUUCGAGUACGCCGUCGUCGAGCAGAUGGCUGCGCUGGCCGAGCUGGGGCGGAGCGUUUUGCGCGAAGAGUUUGGGGUAUGA